AUGGCACCAGCAUCCAAGAUAGUGUUCUUAAUUGACGAACAGUCCAUUAUCAGUGGCAAGAUUCAACUGGAUCAUCUCAAGCUGUCCAUCAUGCGUAUCCUCUUAUACUAUCGCUCUCAACAACAGCAAGUUUUAUGGGGAUACCGUUUCUUUAGUACGCAGACGAGGUAUUCAGCACACAGUGUUCGACACUUUUAUACCAUGGACGACAAGGAGUCGUUUUCUCGGAUUGAUCAAGAAUACCAAAAGAGAAACGACGACCGGCCUGAAACAGUCAUCAUAGGGGCUCCCAUCAUGCGUAUCAAGCAGGCACUCAAGGAAAUCCUGGGUGAUUUUCAAUGGCAAAACACUGAUCUCAGUACCUCUGGUCCCGAGAAAAACUAUCUCUUCAUCCUGACAGCUUGUCCAUCCAAUGGCAUCGACAUGAUUCGGUUUUUCGUUACGCCUGUAGAUGAUGAUGACGACGACAAUGUGGAUGACAGCAGCCAAAAACAAGCAGUGCACACCAAGAAAUCAACAGUAGAAUCAUUUGAAGUGUCCAAAUACUUUCAGCGAUUGAAGGAUGAAUUGAGUACAACUCUGCUCAAAAGCUAUCAACAGUGCCACAUCUCGCUCAACAUCAUUGACACAGACUUCAAGUUUAUAUCCAGUAAUACACAUACGAGAUUUAUGAAUCGACUGAUUCACCAAGGAUUUGUGUCCUGUUUUGAUCAGUUUAGUGGCAACUACAUUUUGUAUCAAAAGCUGAUUCGCAGAAACGAUUUGUAUGGACACUCUUUCUUUGCUGAAUUUGCAAACAUCCUCCCAUCCAAACGACAAGCAGCAGUACACACGCAAGUUCCUUCUUGGAAGGGCCCAUUCAAGACAAAGACAGGCAAAAGCUUGGGCAAUUUCGCCCUGUAUCCGUCGAUCCGUGGUGCUAACUACCAACCAUCUACCUUGGCCUUCAUUAAAGAGAUUCGCACUGUAGAUGUCGUUCAUGCCAGCCAGUUUUCAGUAUCGUGGUUACUGAACAGAAGCGCUCAAGAUGCAAUUGUCGACUACAAAUUCACGUACCAGCAGGGCGAGUCAUCCAGUGCGUUCAAUGUCAUUCUAGAUGAAUUGUACGCCAAGCAGUCCAUCUUGAUCGCUGACUUGGUUCCCAUCGUGGAUAAUGAGCAUAAGGCUAGAAAAGUGUGUAUUGAGCCCUACUCGAGAUGCAGCGCUUCGCUUCGAUUCCUGAAUGUCGACAAUCUUCCUCCCGUCUUGCACCUCAAGAAUGUCUUGGUAGAUCAAGACUACCCCAUUGGGCCGUCCUUGGAUACUACUAAAGUAGACACUGACAUACCCAAAGCGCCAUUGCAGCCAGGACACCGUACGCUCAGCUUAUUUGCAUCCAUUCCAAGCUUUAUUACAAAACUCACUGACAACGACGAGCCAUGUAGCCAGGACACACAGACGGACCAACAGUGUGUAGAAACACCAGAGAUCCAAGUGGAAAAUAGUGCUGAUCCAGUCGUUCACUUCCCAUCUACUGUGGAUGCAUUUGGACAGGAGCUCAAGAAGGCCUAUUUAGAGACACUGUAUACCCAAGAGACUUUUAUUGAUGCUACCAUCAUACGCAUUAGUAAAUGUAUCGAUCACUUGCUCCAAAACAACCACAGCAGACAGGACAUUAUUGCCAGCAUCUUUGAUUAUACCAUGCCAUUGGCAGAUCUUGACAUGAAGCACCAGAAUGAGAUUCCCAAUGCCAAAAACGCACCCAGUAGCAGUAACUGCACAUUAGAGCAAACGUACCAAUACGCUUGGUGGAACGAGAUUAAAUCUAGAGCGCAUGUGGGUCCUGCCUUUGAACGCAUGAGCUGUGUAGCACUGAAAUUGAGAGAAGCUCAAUUGCAGACAAUCAACUAUUGCUUCAUUUGCAAACUGACCAACGAUCCAAGACAGUUGGAGGUGUAUUCGCGUGAUCCUUUUGAAGAAGCUCGCAGGUUUUUUUCAAAAGUGGUUGUUAUCUUUAGUAUGAAUGACGAUAUAUCAGACUUUUUGGCUUCCUUGGAUUUCGAACAGGGUGCUCAAGCAACCAAGAAGCGAGAUCCAUGUACACUGAAUGAUUAUGCUUUUGCGCAAGUAGUGGCAAAAAGAUUCAGCGAGCUCUCUGAGCUGGUGGACUAUUUCAAGGAAUCAGCUGGUGCUGAUGAUAUGGCAUCAUUGCCCUCUCUUGACCUUGCUGACGAUGUGCUUGAUGAUGACAAUGAUUUUCAGCUGCAACAAGAACCACAACCCCUAUCACAGCCCUUUACUCCAUUACCGCAACCAAUCUCAUCCUCGUCUAAACCUGCUCGUAUUGAAUCACGCACGUUAUCCAAUACUCGUAUCGUCAAACCAAACCAUCCUCCAAAAAAGUCCACUGUCAAUGCAACACCCUCUGUCAACUUGGAGCCCAAAUUAGCCAAGACAUUCAUGCCUCAAAAGAUGACCAGAUCAAGCGGCAAUACACUGGAUUCCUUCUAUAAGCGUAUGGUCAAUUUAGCCCCUAGCACCAGCACCAGCAAUGAGCCUCAGCGCGGUGAAGCUACAAAAGAAUCCAUUGCCAAGAUGAAGCGAGCAGCUGUGCAUGGUAAAGCCACCAUGAAGCGAGCAGGUAGUUUUACUAAGAGUGCCUUGUCGCCAAGAAGACCCAAACGCACAGUGUCCAUGCUGUCUCAAGCACCGCAAGAAACAGGUACCGUGAUCCUGCGUCGAGAUAAUAGCAUACCCAAUCCAGAAACAACACCCCGUACAUCACUAAACCGAUAUCUUGGCACCAACCUAUUUGCAGAUUAUUCAGAAGCAUGCCCAUCGCCUACAUCGAGAACAUCACCUGAUGCCUCUGCUACAGUAGCUGGCUCGGCCUAUUUGCAAUCAGAAUACCCUCAAGCACCCAAAACACCUCAAGGCACCUCAUCUCGUUUUAGAAAGAUCAUGAUGGAUAAAACACCCCAUUGCCAUGAGAAUGAUCAAAAUGACCUAGAGGAGUUUAGUGUGCGACUAACCAGCCAAGAAAACCACUUACCGCCUUACACACCGCGCACGGCAGCCAGAAGAGAGCGAGACCGUAUUGAUAGAUCAGAAGGAAAUCCUGCUAGAGACCUCACCAUGAAAUUCCAAAUUAUCAAGAAAGAAGAGGAAAAAGAAAGAAACAGGCCCGUGAUCAAGCGUAAACGAGAUAUCUUUGCUGACGACGACGACGACGACGACGACGAUGAGGACGAGGAUCAGGAGAAUACCAAUCCUCUUUCCAACGGCACCAGCUUUAGUGCUACUACUGCAUCAAGACCCGUCGUCAAAAGAUCAAAAACGUUUGAUUUCAAUGAUUUCUACAACAAUGCAUUGGAUACACCGCCUAUUCAAUUUGGGCAAGCGUUGACAGGUAUCGAUGACGAUGAUGAUGACGAUGAUGAUAGUGAUGAUCUGGAUGGCUAUUUUGGGCUAGGUGGUCGCUGA